AUGCCAGAAAAGAAAGUUCAAAAGCAAGCUUCGACAGCAAAAGCAUCCAAGCAAUCUGAUUCAGGUGAUCAAUGUCAUGAGAAAGCUUCUGGGUCUGCGGCCCGUCGAAGUCCCAAGAGCCGCAGUAUGAAGCGACUCCUGAAGAUGUCACCACGAAAAAAGAUUGCAGCAAAUGAUGGAAACCUUGGGGCUCCAGAGAAGACCAAGAGCAAGAAAAGAAAGCAGGUGAAACAGCAGGUUGAGGGAGGAGAUGAUGCUGAUGCUGUGAAGGUAUCUAUGGAGGAGCUGGGAAAGGAUGCAGAGUCUGGGAUGGUGGAGGAUCAGGAAGAAAAAGGCAAGGAUGAGAAUGAGGCUGCAGCUGCACCAAAGGCCACCAGGAAGACCGCAGCAAAGGCAAAGAGCAAGCCCAAGAAAGAUGUGGGAGAGAAGAACAAGACCAAGGGCAAGAAAGAUACGGAUGGCAAAAAGGAAAGCAAGUCCAAGGCCAGCAAAGGGUCGUCAGGAAAAGCCAAGAAGACAGAGCGGGAGACCAAACAGAAGAAACCCAAGACAAGCUCUAAGCUGAGACUGCCAGCUCAGUUUAGAGAUGUGCCAGUGGAUCCUGAGGUGAAGAGUAAGGUCGAUUGGAUUCUCAAGGAGUGCGCGGAGACACACUGCACGCACCCAUCAUACACGAACCCCAAGAAGAACAAGAAUACCAUGAUUGACUUUGACUUCUAUUGGGAUCGUAAGGCAUGUGGAAUCAAAGCGGAUCGCCGCUUCUUCGAGAGCAAGAAAGCCCAGGGAAAAGGGAAAGCCCACGUCAAACGUUGGGAGGAGCAGAACCGGCCUGAUCCUUGCUGUGAAAACAUGGCUCGCUAUGUGGCAGUCCUGAAGGUUUCGCAUGAAGCUGCUGUGCAGGGCAAUGAAGGGCUGCUGCAUAUGGCCACUGAGGACCAGAGAGUUGACUAG